UGCAAGUUGGCAGGAAGAACUCGAGAGACGAAGUAAAUGAUGUCAACGCGGGAAUGAGCCUUUCCGUCUGAUCACAGCAAGGCCUUUUAUAACCCGUCGACUCCCUGAUAUUUGUAGUAAUAGUCCUGUGGGAUAGUCUCAUUAAUGAUAUUCUCGAUAUCAGUGGUGUUCGUUGUGUGGGCUCCGUCCUUUAAGGCGCAUUGCAGCUUUGCGCAAGGACUCCAGUGUUCCUCUGCAGCAUCCGGAGGAGUCCAGAUCCUGCUGGCUGUUUGACCAGUGCUCAAGAGACAUGGAGAAUCUGAUCCAGAUCUCUCCCUCGCUACACGGCUGAGGUGGAUCUGAGUCAGGAGGACCAUGCUCUACUCAGAGCGUGUGGUGGUGGAGGAAUGGCUUUCAGAGUUCAAGGCGUUACGUGAUGAGCAAAUCCACAGCUAUGCUGGCAGUCUGCGUCUGAAGAAAGCUCUGGUACCUGCACUGUAUGCUGUUAUACAGGAACAUCCCAGCAGUGAGCUGCUAGCUCCGGUGUGUCACCAGUUGUUUGAGUUGUACCGGAGUUCAGAGAAGGGACUGCGUCACUUUACCCUGCAGUUCCUGCCUGAACUCAUAUGGGUGUAUUUGCGUAUUUCGGCCAGUAGAGAGCGGUAUCGCAAUGGCUGUGUGGAAGCACUGCUUUUGGGGAUCUAUAACCUGGAAAUUGUGGACAGUAAAGGAAAUGGCAAGCUGUUGUCAUUCACCAUACCAUCCCUCUCCAAGCCCUCAAUAUACCAUGAGCCGUCCAGUCUGGGUGCCAUGGUGUUAACCGAGGGAGCCCUGAACCAGCACGACCUCAUCCGAAUGGUCUACAGCGGCCUGCUUUCUCAGAGAGAGACGUUCACCUCACAGAACAGAUUUGAGGUGCUGUCUUUUCUAAUGCUCUGCUACAACUCAGCCGUGGUCUAUAUGCCUGCGUCCUCCCACCAAUCCGUUUGCAGAAUGAGCACACGGCUGUGUGUGAGUGGUUACCUACGGCAGCAGCAGAAGUCGUGGAAGGAGCCAUGUAACCGUGUGCGUUUAGAGCCAGAGUUUAUGGUGCAGAUGCUGACUGCAGUUUAUCAUGCCAUUUAUAAUGGGCAGUGGGAUCUGGGGAGGGAAGCGUUGGACGAUAUCCUCUACCGAGCACAGCUAGACCUGCAUGCCCAGCCAUUACUGGUGGCAAAUGCAAUUAGUCGUUCACUUCCAUCCCGGCCUCCGGAGGGCUCAAGGAACCUUCUUGAAGUUGAAGUAACACCUGCUGGUAGAUGUGUCUCACAGGCAGCUGUCACUGCCGCCUCCAUUCGCCGACUUCGCUGGAAACGAGAGGAUUGUUUUGAUUUCUCAACCACGACCGAAUUCUACGCCUCCAUCAUCCCCAGCCGAUACACUCCCCUGGAGAAACCAACCAAUCCUGUACCAUGUGGGCGGAUAAAGUGCAUCAUUCACCUUACUUUGCAAGGGGGUAGGCGGGGCUCAGGAAGAGCUUACCUUUUAGAGAAACCAGACAUCAAGCUCUAACCUGUUCGAUCAUAGAAAGUGUUUAUUGGCCUAAAUAUUAGACCGAACACCCCUCAGUGCAUGUAAGACCCCAAUGUACAUGUGACCAGUGGUUGAUCUACGCAGACUUUUAACAUGUAUCCAUUGCAGAUUCCUUGGUUAUGUCAGAACUAGCAUUGUAUUGUGAUAAUUUGUGCUUGAUUAUUGUUUUAAGAUCAUUUUAUAGUGCUUGCUAGACCAGUAGUCUGCUACUUCUACUCCUUUGCACAGAACUGUGCAAUUAAUUUAAACUGCUUAAUGUACAGACUCCUUUCAAACUUUGUUUUGUAGCAUGCUGUUUUUUUUUUGUUUUUUUACAUUUACCUACAUUGAUCAAAUGUUUAGCAUUCAUUGUGUGUUGAUCUUUAUCAGCAUUUGUGGUAUAACCUCCUGAGGCCCGAGCAUGACUGCCUUGUGAAUUUGCUAUUUCCCUUUUUUACUUGUAACUAGCAGUACCUAAUAAACAUGAAGAAAAUAGUUUUCAUAAAAAUUGAUGGCAACAUAUGUGGACAGUGGGACUAAGUAAUAAUAACAAGCUAUAGAAAGUCAAAAAGUUUGUUUCCAAGAGUGUUGAUUAUGUAUGUUUUUGAGACGUUACAGACAUUACAUCAUAAAUUAUCAUAAUUCAUUCAGAUUCAAAGUAAUGUCCAGCAUCAUCCAAUCACUGCCAACCAUGUUAAAAUAAAAUGAUACAUUAUAAAUUGUGAAUCUAUGUACUGAUUAUCAUUGUCACAUGUCUGUCAAACAUGUUGAGUGAUCCAAACAUCAUCUGCAGCCUGAAACUGAACUUUUGAUCAGAUUUUAGGAGUGAAUGCACUUAACUGCAUAGAGAGCUAUAGGAUGCUCCCUUGCUCCCUAUUUAGUGAAUGACUUAACCUCCAGUGUGCUGUCUGUCUGCACUGGUCUCAGAACAGUUUGAAAUGCACCUUAUUUUUAUCCUAACUCAAUAUAAGCCUCUGAAAGCAACAUUUUCCAGUUUUUGGAUGAACCCAUUGAUUCCCAAUGUGAAAGUGCACAGUAAAUAAGCGCAUUUUCCCUUAGAAAGCCCAUAAGUACACAUUAGUGUACAUUGUUUUAGCAGCGUAGCUUCACGAUAAAUUGCUCAAAUUUAAAAAAUGGCAUAUCUGAUGAAACUAGAGACUCUAAUCUUUUGACUCAAACAGGUUUCAAUGUAAAAGCUUAAUUAGGUUUCUUAGUAGAUGUAGUUUUGUUGGCAUUUCUCCCAAAGACAAACUUGCUGUGAUCGACACCAGGUUGUUUUGUCACAUGACUCGUGCAUCGAUAGUUUAACCCUUUACUGACAGCACAGAGUCUCCUGAACUGAGAUCAGUUGGUUUAAAUGAAAUAAAAUUAUGCGACGCAUAUAGCAAAGCCAAAAUACAACAUCCACGCAUUUGUAUGUGGGGUCCAAUGAGGAUGAUGUUGAUUACCACAACAAAUAUUGUCAAUUCGUCCCUCCUUUUCAUAAAAAAUAAAUAAAAAAUUGAAGUUACAUUGAGACACUUACAAUGGAAGUGAAUGGGGCCAAUUUUUGGAGGGUUUAAAAGGCAGAAAUGUGACGCUUAUCAUUUUGUAGAAGUACUUACAUUAAUUCUUCUGGUAAUGCUCAUGUAUUAUUUGAGCCGUAAAUUACGGUCGAUUUAGGGUUUACGCCGUUACGUUGUCAUGGGAACGAAGUUGUAAAAUUGCAUAUAGCUUUACACAGAAAAGUUUAGUAAGUGAUUUUAUCACACUAAAAUUAUGUUAACACACAUUGUUUGCAUCUUGUGGCUAUACUUUUGAAACAGUGAGGUUUUUUUAUUUAUUUUUUUUAUCCCCUUUUCUCCCAAUUUGGAAUGCCCAAUUCCCACUACUUAGUAGGUCCUCGUGGUGGUGCGGUUACUCACCUCAAUCCGGGUGGCAGAGACAAGUCUCAGUUGCCUCCGCUUCUGAGACCGUCAAUCCGCGCAUCUUAUCACGUGACACGUUGUGCAUGACACCGCGGAGACUCGCAGCAUGUGGAGGCUCAUGCUACUCUCUGCGAUCCAUGCACAACUUACCACACACCCCAUUGAGAGCGAGAACCACUAAUCGCGACCACGAGGAGGUUACCCCAUGUGACUCUACCCUCCCUAGCAACCGGGACAAUUUGGUUGCUUAGGAGACCUGGCUGGAGUCACUCAGCACACCCUGGAUUCGAACUCGCGACUCCAGGGGUGGUAGUCAGCGUCAAUACUCACUGAGCUACCCAGACCCCCAAAACAGUGAGUAUUUUAAUGUUUACGAAUUGACCCCCAUUGAAAGUGCCUUACUGUAACCCAGAUUUGUGCUUUUUUUUUUUUUUUUUUUUUUUUAUAGAAAAGUCUAAAUUAAUGUUUGUGGUAAUCAACAUUAUGCCACAAAUGCUGUUGAUUUACUAGUAUCAAAUCCGGAAUAUUCCUUUUAAUCCUGCUUUCUCUGCCUAAUUUUUCCUUUCUGCCACUCU